CAUGAUCAUGGUGUCACAUGACUUUGUUUUUGGCGAAAAUGACAGCUAGCAUUACAACACAUGCGGUAUCUACUGUGUAUUUAUGUACAGUUUUAUUUGUUUUAUUCAAUGCAUAUGUAGACAGUCAGGAUAUUGAUGUACAGUUAUGUCAAAUGUGCGAAGGGACUGUACGACAAGGCAGUCCUGUCUGGGAUUUCUGCCUUAAAAAAGGCCAGAUCAAAGGACGCUGCUGUUUUGAGAACAAUACCAGCAAUAUAGACACCAUUAUAGGGUUGGACCUGUCAAACUGCUCUAUCAGUCAUGUAGAGCACCUGUAUAAUUCAUUCACAGCAGUCAUAAUAGAUCUCUCCAACAACCCAAUCACCAAUCUGAGCGAUUUCGUAUUUCAGGGUUUCAGCCAUCUUACCCAAUUAUUACUACCCUCAAAACUGGAGUGUCCAGGGGGCAAUGCAUCAUGGGAGACGGUUGAAGUAAAAAACAAUGCCAGAAUCUGUGAAGGACAGAAAAAUGUUUGCAAUCAGAUGGCACUGAUGCCCUGGAAUUGCCCUGAAAACUCAUUCUGCAGCCCAUAUGGUCCAGGGUUCUUUGAGUGUGAUUGUCUCCAUAAUUUCCACGGAUACAAGUGCAUGAGACAAGGAGAGUUUCCCAUAGGUAAGGUGCUUGGGAUAAUCACCGGCUCAACAGUUGUUGUUUCAUCGUUACUCUGGUUUACACAAAGACGAAAGGUCGAGACCACUUGAAUUUUAGAGAAGUGACAAAGGUGCACACGCCACAAAAUGCAUCAAGCUUAUUAAAAAUGAUGCAGGAGAAGUUUCAUACUCUGGAAGCUUAACCAUCGGAUGAACAUUUUACUUUCUUGUUUUUUAAACUUGCCAAAAGCAGGUUUGCAUGACAUUUUUUUUAAAUAACUUAAUGCACAAUUUUGGUUUUAAACUUUCACUUUCUUUUGACCCUCAAGGUCCUGAAACCUUUUUAUUUGUACAAAUCCUUCAGUGAAUACUGACAUUUUCACAGCCUUGAAGAGACUGGUCUGUAAAGGGAAAACUGACCAUAGACUGACCUUGCGGAUUGUCUUUGGAGGGCAGCCACAUUUCUGACAGAAAUGAAUCACUGACAUAUUUUAUGGACAAAUAUUUUGAGUUGCUUUAAAACAAAAUUAUCUUGAUUUCAAAGAUAUUUAAAGUGCUUUCAUUUUACAAUGGAGGGGGGAAAUGAAUGUCAUUGGACUGUUAUAAUUUGUGAAAUAAUUGUAUAUUGUUACUGCCACAUACUGCUUUUUACAGAUGUUAGAUACUAACCGAUGACCAUUUAACCGUUGAAACUGUAUGCUUUUCCUUUUCGGCAGAGUAAAGGGAAUCGGUUUCAUCUGCUAAAAUGAGAUUUAUAUAGGGACACACUAUUAGUAUAAUACUGACAGUACAUGUUACAUUAUGCAAAUUUCAUUUCUUUCAAUGUAGUAUUUUGUUGAGGAAUUCAGCAUGUACCUCAGUAAACCAGAACCAAAAAUUAAAGACUUGUCUCAAAAGAA